AUAGCAAAUGAAUUGAAGUCAACUUGUAGUAAUUGGAUGUGAUAUUCUGUCAACAAAUGUUAGCUAAGAAACGGAGGGAAAGGGAAGAUGAAGGUUAGUGGUCAAAUUGUACACAUCUAAAUCCUAAGAUUGUUCCUCGUAAAGUCAUACUACCCUACUAUUUAGGAGCAAAUCACGUUUGUUGAGACAAAGCAUGAUCUUAUAGCCCUCGCUUGGUGAACACGCUACCUCUUUAGCUCUCACUGAGUCACUUGGUACAAAUUAUUUCCCCUUUUGUAAUUCUAGCUUAAAGAUCUUGUAUCCGUAUGGAAAAGCCUUUGGUAAUUUCCUUGGAAUUGAGACUCUUCUUGUGAUUUCCUUCACAUGAAGGAAAUUGUUUUCUUAUAAAAAAUAAGGUUGUUGAGACAAACGUAAUCAUGAAAAACAUUUAAUACAUUUACCAACUUUCCGUAUCUGCACAUUUCUGAGUAAACAUCGUAUAAAAAUGCCUAAUGAGAUAGAUGGUUUUCCUUUUGAAUGAUCUCCUCCAUUGUGGGUGCUCCUCUAUUCCAUUUCCUUGUAGAGCAGCGUCGCCGCCAUUACCACUCGGUACUGGCCAUGAGACAAAAAUUUCAGUUUCUCUAUUGCUAACAUUUAUCGGCUUCUCGAGACCUGCUGACUUACUUGAUCCUUGGAGGCCUUUGUUUGUUGUCGAUGGUGAAGCUAAAGAGUAAAGAUACUAGGAGUUGGAGAACGCCCUUAAGAACAUUAGGAUGAAUUACAACAGGAACUUUGAUCAAAUUCUACUAAACAUUGAAGCAUUUCUUUGAGUGUCACCUGAUAUUUAGAAAUUGUGCCAACACUUGUUGUUAAAGUGGUAACUGUGAAUGACUAUCUGGCUCAACGUGAUGCUGAAUGGAUGGGUCGCGUUCAUCGCUUUUUAGGUUUAUCAGUGGGUUUAAUACAGAGGGGGAUGACGGCCAAAGAGAGGAGAUCCAACUACAGAUGUGAUAUCACAUACACAAAUAACUCAGAACUUGGCUUUGAUUAUCUUCGAGACAAUCUAGCUGCAAAUGAUGGACAGCUUGUGAUGAGAUGGCCAAAGCCAUUCCAUUUUGCUAUAGUUGAUGAAGUUGACUCAGUUCUAAUUGACGAAGGAAGAAAUCCUUUAUUAAUAAGCGGUGAGGCUAGCAAAGAUGCUGGUCGAUAUCCAGUUGCAGCAAAGGUAGCAGAGCUGCUUGUGAAGGGAGUUCACUAUAAUGUGGAAUUGAAAGACAAUUCGGUGGAGUUGACCGAAGAAGGAAUUGCGAUGGCAGAGAUUGCUCUUGAAACCAAUGAUUUAUGGGAUGAAAACGAUCCAUGGGCUAGAUUUGUGAUGAAUGCACUUAAGGCUAAAGAAUUUUAUCGACGUGAUGUCCAGUAUAUAGUUAGAAAUGGAAAAGCUCUGAUAAUAAAUGAGCUGACUGGCAGGGUGGAAGAAAAAAGAAGAUGGUCCGAGGGAAUACAUCAGGCAGUAGAGGCCAAAGAAGGUCUGAAGAUUCAGGCUGAUUCAGUUAUAGUGGCACAAAUCACGUAUCAGUCGCUAUUCAAGCUCUAUCCAAAGUUAUCAGGGAUGACUGGAACUGCAAAAACUGAGGAGAAGGAGUUCUUGAAAAUGUUUCAGACACCUGUAAUUGAAGUGCCCACAAAUUUGCCAAACAUACGUAAAGAUUUACCUAUUCAAGCUUUUGCUACUGCCAGAGGAAAAUGGAAAUAUGCUCGCCAAGAAGUUGAAUACAUGUUCAGACAAGGUCGUCCUGUUUUAGUUGGAACCACCAGCGUUGAGAAUUCUGAAUACUUAUCUGACUUGCUAAAGGAACGAAAAAUUCCCCACAAUGUCUUGAAUGCACGACCCAAGUAUGCAGCCAGGGAAGCUGAAACUGUUGCACAAGCUGGAAGGAAACAUGCCAUCACCAUUUCAACAAAUAUGGCUGGAAGAGGCACUGACAUAAUUCUAGGAGGAAACCCAAAAAUGCUUGCAAAAGAAAUUAUAGAAGACAGCCUGCUUUCAUUUCUGACAAAAGAAUCUCCUGAUUAUGAAAUUGAUGGUGAAGAACUUUCAAGGAAGGUCUUGUCCAAGGUAAAUGUUGGAUCUUCGUCGUUAGCUUUGCUAGCCAAGACAGCUUUAAUGGCUAAAUAUGUAUGCAAAAAUGAAGGUAGAAACUGGACAUAUAAAGAGGCAAAAUCCAUAAUCUUAGAAUCGGUGGAAAUGAGCCAGUCUAUGAGUUUCAAAGAGUUAGAGAGGCUGGCUGAUGAACAGAUUGAGAAAUACCCUCUUGGCCCCACUGUAGCACUUGCCUAUUUGUCAGUUUUAGAGGAUUGUGAAGUGCACUGUUUCAAAGAAGGGGCUGAAGUAAAAAGGCUUGGAGGUCUUCACGUUAUAGGAACAUCUUUACAUGAGUCCCGGAGAAUUGAUAAUCAGCUUCGUGGGAGAGCAGGAAGACAAGGAGACCCUGGAUCGACCCGGUUUAUGGUCAGCUUGCAAGAUGAGAUGUUUCAAAAGUUCAAUUUUGAUACAGAAUGGGCUGUGAGACUCAUUUCUCGAAUAACUAAUGAUGAAGAUAUUCCAAUUGAAGGCGAUGCAAUUGUGAAACAGCUCUUGGCCCUACAAAUUAAUGCAGAGAAAUACUUCUUUGGUAUACGGAAGAGCCUAGUCGAAUUUGAUGAAGUGUUAGAGGUGCAGCGCAAGCAUGUCUAUAACCUUCGACAGUCGAUUUUGACUGGCAAUAAUGAAAGUUGUACUCAACACAUAUUUCAGUAUAUGCAAGCUGUGGUUGAUGAGAUUGUCUUUAAUCAUGUCGAUCCUAAGAAGCAUCCCAGAAGCUGGAGAUUGGGUAAACUUGUGCAAGAGUUUAAAACAAUCGGUGGGAAAAUAUUGGAGGACUUGGGCGCAGAAAUCACUGAGGAAGGAUUAUUAAAAGCCAUUAUGAAAUUACAUCAAACGAUCUCUACGGAUGUUUGCAACUUGAACCUUCCUGAAAUGCCAAAGCCUCCUAAUGCCUUCAGAGGGAUUCGCAUGAAAAAUUCUUCACUGGAACGCUGGCUUUCAAUCUGCUCUGAUGAUUUGACACCAAAUGGCAAGUACAGGAUGAUUGCUAACCUACUUCGCAAAUACCUUGGGGAUUUUCUGAUUGCUUCAUAUUUAAAUGUCAUUCAAGAAUCUGGUUAUGAUGAUUUAUAUGUGAAGGAAAUUGAGAGAGCUGUUCUUGUGAAGACUUUAGAUUGUUUCUGGAGGGAUCAUCUCAUAAACAUGAACCGACUCAGUUCUGCGGUAAAUGUGAGAAGCUUUGGGCACAGGAAUCCUUUAGAGGAAUACAAGAUUGAUGGUUGUCGAUUUUUCAUCUCAGUGCUGAGUGCAACACGAAGGCUCACUGUGGAAUCACUCUUGCGUUAUUGGUCAUCCCCAAUGGACACUCAAGAAUUAAUUUUUUGAUCAGUCAGUAAAAUUUUUAUGCUAUGCAGCUAUUACCUCCUGAUUACUAUCAGCCCACCAUAUGCUUUGAAGCCAUACGCUCUUCCACCUCCCUAAUCAAAGCCAAGGGGUGCUUGAGUUGAUGCAGGUUGAAAGAUAAUUGUCCUUCCUUGUCCUCUUAUGAGCCUUCUCACUCUUGCAUCAUAUUUAAAUAGCAGCUGCAUCUUGGUGAUUCGAAGAUGUUUUAACUGAUGGGUUAGCAAAGCAUUCGCGCAACCGAAGCCAUUCUCCAUACACGUUUUGUUACCAUUAUUGACCAAUAUGUUGUAUACUUGUGAAGUUAUUUAUAUUGAACCUGGAUGGAUGCUUUGGAGUAGCGUGCAGCUUCAUAACGAUCCCGAAGAAGAGUUUCUCUCAGUCAAAUUGAAGGAACUUUUCUUCUUAAUCAUGUAAUGUAUGAGUACAUUCCACCAGUCUAAUCAUUUAUUUAGUUGAAAUGAAGAAUAAAGGGGAGUAGAGGUUUUCCUUUAGCUAUGUAUCAACUUGUCAUAUUUUCCAACGGCAAUGUAAUAUUAUUAAGAAAAUGCAUUUCGUUAUGUCGUUAGUUGUCAUUGAAAUUUGUACCGAUCCAUUCAAGAUGAGUUUAUUUAUGAUGAAAUAACUUACUAUAUUCUUCAA